AAUAAGUUGAAAAGCUCGCGCGAACUCCCUGUCUCGGGUGAAUUCGUUCGCGGGUGAAAUUUCGACGGAGGAAGGUGCGUCGACGAUGGCGUACGCGACGAUACAGUUUUGAUGCACCCGACGAUAAUUAAAGCCUCGGGUGUUGCCGAAGCUGUAUUUCGUAGUCCUUGGAACCGGGUCAAAGGAUCUGACUGGACAAACGUACCUCGAGAUAGUGAUUUCCUUAUUCGCGUAGCGAUCUGACGAUCAUGAGCGGUAGUUAUUGUCGGGAAUGGCUGUGAUUUGCCGUAAGCUCGAAGAAAGUGCGCUACUCAUCGCGCGAGCUGUGUCGUAGGGACGCGUAAAAAGUCGAAAGUUCGAGUCAUCGUUCGUUUACGAACGGAAUUUCGCGCGAGAUGAUAGAGCUGUUGAUAUUCGCGACGCUGGCGAUAAACGGGAUUGGGAGUUCGUUACCACCCGACGACGAUGACAACGUGUUGCACAUUGGUGGCAUUUUCCCGAUAGCCGGAGAGGGUGGAUGGCAAGGUGGCCAGGCUUGCAUGCCUGCCGUCAACUUGGCAUUAGACGAUGUUAAUCACAAGGAAAAUCUGUUACCUGGAUUCACGCUUAAACUUCACUCAAACGACAGUGAGUGCGAGCCAGGACUCGGUGCCACGGUGAUGUACAAGUUAUUGUAUUACAAACCGCACAAAUUGAUGUUGUUAGCAGGAUGUAGUACCGUGUGUACAACCGUCGCCGAGGCAGCAAAGAUGUGGAACCUAAUAGUGUUAUGUUAUGGGGCAUCAUCACCCGCGCUAUCUGAUCGAAAUCGGUUCCCGACGCUCUUCAGAACGCAUCCAUCGGCCACUGUGCACAAUCCUACGAGAAUCAAAUUGUUGCAAAAAUUUGGCUGGUCUCGAGUAGCGAUAUUGCAGCAAGCGGAAGAAGUGUUCAUAUCUACUGUAGAGGAUUUGGAGGCGCGCUGCAAGGAAGCGGGCAUAGAAAUAGUCACUCGUCAAAGUUUUUUAUCGGAUCCGACCGACGCGGUAAGGAAUUUACGUCGGCAGGAUGCCAGGAUCAUCGUCGGUCUCUUCUACGUCGUCGCUGCGAGGAGAGUUUUAUGUGAGCUCUACCAGCAGAACCUGUACGGCAAGAGCUACGUGUGGUUCUUCAUCGGCUGGUAUGAGGACAAUUGGUUCGAGGUGAAUCUGGACAAGGAAGGAAUAGCGUGCACGGAGGAACAGAUGAGGCUCGCGGCAGAGGGACAUCUCACCACUGAGGCUCUAAUGUGGAAUCAGAACAACGACACGACGAUCAGCGGGAUGACCUCCGAAGAUUUUAGGCAGAGACUGAAUACGAUGUUGAAGGAAGAUGGGUACGACAUCGACAACAAUCGAUAUCCCGAAGGUUACCAAGAGGCACCUCUAGCUUACGACGCGGUCUGGUCCGUGGCAUUAGCGUUCAACAAAACGAUGGAGAAACUGAGCAAGCAAGGAAAAAGCCUGAAAAAUUUCACGUACACCGACAAGGAAAUCGCGGGCGAGAUUUACUCCGCGGUCAACUCGACCCAGUUCCUCGGAGUAUCCGGAUACGUCGCCUUCAGCUCGCAAGGCGAUAGAAUUGCGUUGACGCAAAUCGAACAGGUGAUCGAUGGAAAGUAUGUCAAGUUGGGAUACUACGAUACUCAGAGCGACAAUUUGACCUGGAGGAACAUGGAACGCUGGAUCGGUGGCAAAGUGCCUCAGGAUAGAACCCUCGUCAGAACCGUGUUAAGGACCGUCUCGCUGCCCCUCUUCAUUUGCAUGGGCGUCAUAUCUUCGGUGGGAAUCGUGAUAGCCAUCGCGUUGAUCAUUUUUAACAUUUGGAACAGACAUAGACGAGUCAUAUUGUCGUCGCAUCCGGUAUGCAACACCAUAAUGCUGGUGGGAGUGAUCGCGUGUUUCGUGUCGGUGUUCCUGUUGGGAAUCGACGGGAGAUUCGUUGCGCCAUGGGAGUACCCUGCGGUCUGUCGAGCCAGAGCUUGGAUGCUGGCGACCGGGUUCACUCUAGCGUUCGGCGCGAUGUUUAGCAAGGUUUGGCGAGUCCACAGAUUGACGACGAAAACGAAAGCCGAUCAGGCGAAAUUGUUCAUGGCUAAACAAAAAGUUUCGUCCAUACAGAAGAGAAUUCAGCCGUGGAAGCUGUACACGAUGAUUAGCGGACUAUUGACGGUGGACAUCGUUCUGCUAGUUUGCUGGCAGGUCCUCGAUCCUCUGCAGAGAAAGAUGGAGACCUUCCCGCUGGAAUCGCCACCGUUCGGCGACGACGACGCGAGGAUUCGGCCCGAGUUGGAACACUGCGAGAGCGUUCACAACAGCGUUUGGCUCGGCUUGAUCUAUAGCUACAAGGGAAUCAUCCUGGUUUUCGGAUUAUUCUUGGCAUACGAAACACGGAGCAUGAAGAUGAAGCAGAUCAACGAUUCCAGAUAUGUCGGAAUGUCGAUCUACAACGUGGUCGUACUUUGUUUGAUUACGGCACCCGUGACGAUGGUGAUCGCCAGCCAGCAAGACGCCAGUUUCGCUUUCGUUGCUCUCGCGAUUAUCUUCUGCUGUUUUCUGAGCAUGGCCCUGAUCUUCGUGCCCAAAGUGAUCGAGGUGAUACGACACCCGAAGGACAAGGCCGAAUCCAAAUACAAUCCCGACGUGGGAAUGUCGAAGGAGGACGAGGAGAAAUAUCAGAAGCUUCUUCGCGAGAACGACGAGCUUCAGAAGUUGAUCGCCGUCAAAGAAGAGAAGAUCAGAGUCUUGAAGCAGAUGUUGAGCGAACGCGACGUGUCCAAGGGUGGCAGCGGCGGGAACGUUCCGAAAGACUCGUUGAUAGUCGCGGAUUACGUGACCGGCGAGGGAACCUCGGACAGCGCGAUCGGUGCGGGUAUUUCUGUUUAUACGCAAUCAUCUAGAGCUUCUGCUUCCGACUUUGAGUUCUCGGGAUCCUAUCUGUAGAUUUUACGAUCCCUCGAUCUCUUUCCGCUCGACGAACAGCUGAUAAUAUCAACGAAUUUAAGAAAGUGACCUGAAAUGGAACGGAUCAAGCUUUACCUAUCGCUUUUUUUUUUAUUCUCUUGACGAGAUUUGCUUUCGACUCGAGUUUUAGAGACAGCAUAUGUGCUUAAUAUUUUUGCGGUGUACCACGCGUACGCGCGACGUCGGUCGCGUUUACGAUCGACCGCUUCAAGCUAACGAUAAGGGCAAAACACUGCACCGAACUUGUACACCUAGAAUAGUAUCAAAUUAAGGCCGAAAGUUAAAAGGCUAAACGAAUACGAAAACGGUGCGCUGCGCGCACUCAUGUACUCGUCAAAUUUAUUUAAACGUAUAAAUGUUGAAUAUGUAUGUAACGUACCGAGCAUAAAGUAAAUGCUCACGUCUGCGUAUGUAUAAAGGAAAUCGAUUGAGACCGAUAUAAUGCGACUGGUACACAACAACGUGGCGUUGCCAACGUUGAACGAAUCCGCGGGACACGGAUGAAAAAAAGUUUUGGCCUACGCGUGUCGCGCGUCGAUCUCGUUUACAACGACUUUUUCGUUAUUUCGAAGAUAUCUAUCCCUAUCGUACGGUUAGCAAUGCGUGCAAUACCCAUCUCCCAUUAUAUACGACAGCAUUUUUUUAAACACGUGUACCUAAAUUAUUUACACUAUACGAAUAGACGUUUGUACGGAGAAGUUUUAUCGAAGGACCGCGCGUCGUGGACCAAAAACCAUUUUUGUAAAUUGAAAAUAUUCUAUCUACCGUCGUACAUUUUAUAUCAGCAAACUAUGGAAUUGCUUCGUUUAUCGGAAAACGAAUUUCUUACCGCACGGUUCUUACGGGUCCAAGUAAACCAAAAAAAAAGAACGGACUAAACGGGAGAGAAACGGCGAAAAGCGUCCAUUAGCGUUAGGAUCGACGCAAACGUUAAACGUGUCACCGAAGUGACUUAAGAUCGCGGAGCGAAAUCUAUGUACCGCAUUGAGUUCGUUCGUCCAAGGCCUAAAUUUCUUUUACAUCGUUUACGCAUGAUUUUCAGCGCUUGCGGUUAAAUCUCGUUAGACGAUAACCUGGCCGUUUCCGAAACAGCGAAUCGAUGUGUGAACCUCAUGAAGUUUGCUCCCAAAUUGUACGGAACGAUGACGAUGCAUGGCACGCGAAAUUGGCGAUUGGCAGGUAAUCGCGAGAUGCAAAGCGUGUGCAUCGCAUUUAUCGUAUCGCAAACGUGCUAACGAGAUUUAAACGCUUCAGAUAUUGCGCCAUUCAUAAAUAAUUUGGGAGUCUUGAUGAGGUGGAUCGACGCGUACAUAUGUACAUACGUAUCCGCUCGCUCGCUUAUUUAUCUACUCGUUUCCCAGCUUACGUACACUCCGAUUGUUUGCGACUGAUUUACAAACAUGUACAUAUAAAUCUGACACGCGCUCCGACUUUCUAGUCGGUUUGUCAAUUAUUAUUUAUGAAUGGGCAAACAAAUGUCUACGCUAUGCGAUAUCCGAGAGAUUAUCCUUUUUCAAUUCUUCUUUCUAGAAACGGACCAGAUUGGCUGAACGCUGGAAUCCCGUCGAUUAGGAUGACGAAAGCAAUAUGUAACGUACAUUUACGAACGGGCGGAAGCUCUCUCCUUCUUUCUCUUCGAAAAUCGGCGUUUAAACAACACGCGCGUAAUCCCCAUGGAAAUCUAAUCUGUAACUUGUCUCCUCGUUUUCAAAAACCGAGAAGAAAUCAGAGAUCGUGUUUUCAAUCUCGUUGCGAACAACGUUGCGCGUUCCAUGGAGAUCUUAUUAUGCAGGAAAUCAGCGAUCUCUCGUGUCUGUUGACCAUCGUUCUAUAGAUCGCUAUGCAACGGUGUAAGACCAUGGGAAAUAUAUUUUAAGCGAGUUCGCAUUCCUCUUUCCUUUUAGAAACGAUAUAGACGAAUGCUAUGUACUUAAAAGGGGAUCGCUAAGACGUUCACGAAAUGUUACCAUUCGCAUCGUUUAAACUCUAGGGAUAGUAUGUACAUGUUACAACGGCAACUUACGCGUAUGUAUUCUAAAGGGGAUCUAUCUAUGUAUAUCGCAUAUACACAUGUCUGGGAAUUAUUUUUGAGUUAAGUGGCACAAACUUGUACCUCUGCAUCGUCGAAAGAAGACAACGCGAUUCGAUCUGACUCGUGUUUCAACGGUUUUUAUCGCAGGGUGACUUAUUCGUGUAAAACACAGGCCGGCUGAUUCGCGAAACACGAGUUUUGUCGUAUGUGCAUCUCAAUUUUAUCAAACUGCGUCGCGUCGCUGUUGUUAUUUAACGACAAAUUUAAUCAACAUUUCCAUUGAACAAUCAAAAUGAUUUUUAGUUACGAUCGUUCGCGCGCAAAUGAACAUUUUAUUUACAACUCCUCGCUCGAUCGGACUGUCGCGCAAACCACGCUCUUUGACGACAUUAACAAUAUUAUCGUAACUAACAAUAUAUCGAUGCAUAUAUUAUAGUCUUAUCAAACUGUUAAAGAAAGUAUUGUAUAUGUAUAUGUAUGUUAGAAAAAAUUGUGAAGAUAUAUUUAUUUUCAAGUUUUUAAAUUAUAAAAUUCGUUGAAAAUUCUGAUACCGUAUAUGUUAUUGAAUGAACCCUGCGCUUAUCGAGGGAUAAGAGUCUGUAACAGGGCAACCGGUGUUCCCUGUAAGUACUUAUGUGGGUACUUUAAAAAAUUGGUUCAAGAGCGAAAUAAUAACACCGAUUUAUAAUUGUACUUAAUUGUAAGAGAGAAGCGGGAAAUUUUGCAUGAAGCGACAGAGUGACCCAGGCAAAAUCUUUGAAAAUACCUGAAGCAUGAAAGAGAAAUAUCGGUAUUGUAUACUCUUUCAACCUAAAAAGAGAAGUAUAAUAAAAAGAAUCGAUCUAAAGACAGAA